UAAUUAUUGCAUCCUGCCUUAUUUUUAAUUUUUUUAAAUAACCACUACAGUACUCUCAAUUUCCUGUUACAUGGUGUGAAUCGGGUGUUUUUCAUACAAUUAACAUACUGUUAUGACAACCUUGUUUAAGUCCAGUAAUUACUUUUUUUUUAGCAAACGACCAAAUGGAAUUUCUGCUACUUGUUCUUGUGUGAACAACAAAAAGCACCAGUCUGCGAGCCCACAACGAUCAUCCUAGAAAGCUGUACUGCAUGUGGUGUUACAGAAAGAUUUAUUUUCAUACAUUACAUAUGCUGGUGUUAACACAGAUUUACACACAAAUAGGAGACUCGAAUUUACAUGAUAAAUUAAUUUCUAUAACGAACAAAGCAAGCUGUUGUGGCGGAGCUCGCCUCCCACCCCUUUGCUCCAUUAAGCUGUCGGAAGAGGAAAGCGCCCCCCACCCUCUAAGCCAAGUGCAGCUUGUAUCGCGAGGAGCGGGCAGUCCGGUUCAUCUUUCCAGCAUCAACGCCAUUUGUGAAGUCGUCGUUUGUGCGUCAAACACUCAGAAUGUAGUGAGUGCAUGUUCGAUUGUCGGAGAAUGGCGUUCUUAUUGUCGACGUGAAAUCUCGCGAUUAACUUACGAAUUUUUGGCCCAUUUUUCCACCCAUUUGAUUGUUCGGACAGAUUAUUGGGAUUUCCUUUUUGGAGCAAAUAAUACUUGCAUUUUUGUCCACCCAAAAGGCUCUAUAUUCCAGUGAUAAGCAGUGCGCACACAGAGGACGACUGUGGACCAACCAGUGGAUUGGAUAUUCUUACAUGCUGUAAAGGAGUACAGUUACACAGCGCUGUGAAGCCAUGGCCGAUCCGUGGAAGGGCAUCGGCGAUUGUGAGUGUUUCUCACUGCAGUCGGAUGAAUCCACUGACAUGGGUUCUGAUCUGACCAGUGGAAAAAGACUAACAACAGGGAAUGACACACGCUCUGCUAAAUCAAGACACCGCACCGAGUGUGCCACCUAAUGUUGAAAUGGGCUGGAUUAAACAAUCUCCAUUGGUAUUCUGAUCUUCUAUCAUCUCACCCAGAAAUAGAACAAAGGAAUCAAAUUUACUAUUUGGAAUAUAUUAAAACUCAUAGCAAAAAAGGUUGAGAGUUAUGGCUAUGUGGAGGCAACAUCUAAGGAAUAGACAUCUCCUACUUCGGCCUUCUUAUACAUGGAACAAGAAAGAGCAAUACAUAUGUUUAGAGCAUCAUGCAAACACUGCCAAAUUGUGGUCCUUUCUAUGGCUCGUUCUACUGUUUAUCUACACGUGUGAUGUGAAGGCUGAAAAACUUGAUGGAAAUGACCCAGUGGUUUCUACCACCAAUGGCAAGCUUCGUGGGAUCAAGAAGGAGUUGAACAAUGAGAUCUUGGGGCCUGUGAUACAAUUUCUGGGUGUCCCGUUUGCUGCCCCACCCACAGGCGAACACCGCUUUCAGCCACCUGAGCCUUCAGUUCCAUGGCCGGAUAUCCACAAUGCCACACACUUUGCCCCAGUGUGCCCGCAGAACAUUGUGGAGGGCCGCCUUCCUGAUGUGAUGCUGCCAGUUUGGUUCACCAACAGCAUUGAAGUGGUAUCUGCAUAUAUCCAGGACCAGAGUGAGGACUGCCUCUACCUUAACAUCUAUGUGCCCACAGAAGAUGGUCCUCUUACAAAGAAACACUCUGAUGAUUUAAGUGAUAGUGACCGCGCAGCAGAUGAAGACAUAAGGGAGAGUGGAAACCCCAAACCCGUGAUGGUUUUCAUCCAUGGUGGGUCCUACAUGGAAGGAACUGGAAACCUUUUUGAUGGCAGUGUCCUGGCCAGCUAUGGGAAUGUGAUUGUCAUAACGGUCAAUUACCGGUUGGGUGUUCUUGGUUUCUUGAGUACUGGUGACCAGGCAGCAAAGGGAAAUUAUGGUUUGUUGGACCAAAUCCAGGCUCUUCGGUGGACCAGUGAGAAUAUUGCAGCUUUUGGUGGUGAUCCUUUACGUAUAACUGUGUUUGGCUCAGGGGCUGGAGCCUCCUGUGUCAACCUUCUCACACUAUCUCACUACUCAGAGGGGAACCGCUGGAGCAACACCACAAAGGGCCUAUUUCAAAGGGCCAUCACCCAGAGUGGCACAGCGCUGUCAAGUUGGGCUGUCAGCUUCCAGCCGGCUAAGUAUGCUAGAACCCUGGCACGCAAAGUUGGGUGUAAUCUUGAGGACACAGUCGAGCUCGUGGCUUGUCUUCAGAGAAAACAUUACAAAGAGUUGGUGGAUCAAGACAUACAGCCAGCACGAUAUCACAUUGCCUUUGGUCCUGUUAUUGAUGGUGAUGUAAUCCCUGAUGACCCGCAGAUACUCAUGGAGCAAGGUGAGUUCCUAAACUAUGAUAUUAUGCUCGGAGUGAACCAGGGUGAGGGUCUUAAAUUUGUGGAGCUCAUCGUGGACAAUGAAAACGGUGUUCAGGCAAAUGACUUCGACUACGCUGUGUCUAGCUUUGUGGAUGACCUCUAUGGCUAUCCAGAAGGUAAAGACAUUCUCAGAGAGACCAUCAAGUUUAUGUACACAGAUUGGGCUGAUCGGCACAAUCCAGAGACACGCAGGAAGACCUUGUUGGCCCUAUUCACUGAUCACCAGUGGGUAGCUCCAGCUGUUGCCACAGCAGACCUGCACUCUAGCUUCGGAUCUCCUACAUACUUCUAUGCAUUCUAUCAUCACUGUCAAACAGAACAGGUGCCACCAUGGGCUGAUGCUUCUCAUGGAGAUGAGAUCCCCUAUGUGUUUGGCCUGCCAAUGGUUGGACCAACUGAGCUAUUUCCCUGCAAUUUCUCAAAGAAUGAUGUGAUGCUCAGUGCUGUGAUGAUGACGUAUUGGACCAACUUCGCCAAAACUGGGGACCCGAAUCAGCCUGUACCCCAGGACACCAAAUUUAUCCACACGAAGCCCAACCGCUUUGAAGAAGUGGCAUGGACACGCUAUAACCAGAAAGACCAGCUUUAUCUGCACAUAGGCCUCAAGCCCCGUGUCAAAGAGCACUAUCGCGCCAACAAGGUUAAUUUAUGGUUGGAGCUGGUUCCUCAUUUGCACAGCCUGAAUGAUGUCACCCAUCUAAUUCCUACCACCACUAAGAUUUCUCCAUCAGGCGCAAGCAACCGCACCCCAAAACCAAAGGUUCAAGUGACUAAGCACUCCAACCCAACUCCACUUCCAACUGAAACCCAGGACAUCCACAAUCAACCACAUCUGGUGGACCAACGUGACUAUUCCACAGAGUUGUCUGUGACUAUUGCUGUGGGAGCCUCUCUGCUCUUCCUCAACAUUCUGGCUUUUGCUGCUCUUUACUAUAAGAAGGACAAGCACCGCCAUGACAACCACAAACGCUGCAGCCCUCAACAGAAUGCAAACAGUGACCUCUCUCAUAGCCAGGAAGAGGAGAUGAUGUCACUUCGGAUGAAGGAACACUCGGACUUGGACCAAGACUGCAGGCGGCUGGGUGAUUGUGUGAAUCCUCAUGAUGUAUUGCUAAGGACUACCUGCCCACCAGACUACACUCUGGCUUUGAGACGCUCACCAGAUGACAUCCCUCUGAUGACACCAAACACCAUUACCAUGGUCCCCAGUACUAUUGGACGGCUUACCUCCCUCCACUCUUUCAGCGCCUUUCCUGGCAGCGAGCAAAAUAACACUCUUCCCCACCCUCACUCACAUUCCACCACCCGAGUAUAGUCUUGGCCAGCCGCUUAGACAGGCAAGACUCUCCUAACUAAUGCCACUGCUUUUUCAGAAGCUCAAAUACCCUGUCCGGGGCUAACACCAGCCUGAACCACUAGUAGUGACAUUAUUAUCAAGGGAUAUAAGGCACUGUUUUUGUAUAAUAAAAAUCACAAGGAAAAAGUACAAAACACCAUGAUUAAGAUAAUGAUCCAGGCACAUUCGUAUAUAUUUUUCAGCAUUUUUACUCUGAAAAUACAGCAAAAGAUGGAACUGUGUAAUAUGUAAGUGGACUAUUGGAUCUGAGAUCAAUGGGAAUAUAUACUCAAUGCAUCGUAGACAACAGUAGGACAGAUUCCAUUCGAACCAAUUUUGGCAUGUACUUCACGAAUGGAGACUUUUUUUAAUGAAAAGAUGAGAAAAAUAACAAAGGAUAUGUAAUAUGAACAAAGGAAACCUAAAGAGUUUUUUCUUUGUUGUAUUUUCGACUUUGAGAAUUGUGAAAAAAAGGUAACAUUACAACAAUUAAAAUAUUUAAUGCUGCACUUUCAGCAUCAAUGCUUAAUAGUCAUUCUAUUGAAUUGCUGGCAUGGUCGACAACUGUCACAGAAGGAGUGAAGCAAAAUAUAUUCAGAUAUUUUAAAGAAAUCAGAGGGACCAAAAAGAUGCCAAAAUUUAACACAAUGUGCAUGAAGAUUUAUUCUCUUAAUAGGAUUAAAAAGAUAAUUUUCACCCUCUUCUAUUUAAAUUUAAUUGAAUUUCCUGAUUGGAUUAUCAGAAACCUAUUCAGAAAAUUCAGUUAGAAAUUCAGUCCUUCCACCUGUGGAUAUUGUGGCAUGGUAAAAAAGGAGAUUCUGAUUCUGAUCUAAAUAUCAGAUGGAAAAAUGAGGACAAAUAUUGAUAUCUAUGUACUGUAUGUGUUCACAUUUUCUUCAGGGUAACCAAGCCCCCAUUUUUAUUUUUAUUUUUUGCAAAACCAUUGUAUGUGUCAGCGUUAGUCAAAACAAGGUACACUGAUUAAUAUUGUGUUUGUGGAAUAAGAAUUAAAUGGAAUAAUUCAUCAUCGGAAGAGGAGUACCAUUUCGGGAGAAAACGUCAUCAGUCCUGAGAACAAAAGUGACGAGGUCAGAAUUACUUUAGCUCAUUGCCUUACAUUUGUACCGUAUUUUUCGGACUGUACGUCGCUCCGGAGUACAAGUCGCACCAGCCUUUUAAUGGAUGAAAAUGAACAAAAAAAAACAUAUGUAAGUCGCACUGAAGAAUAAGUCACAUUUUGGGGGGGAAUUUAUUUGAUAAAAUCCAACACCAAGAACAGACAUGUUGUUUGAAAUGUAAAUGAUAAAGAAUUUAAAAUAAAAAUAGAAUAGAGGCAACAACAGGUUGAACAGUAUGCUUACGUUACAUGACACAACUGAGAACGUGCCUGGUAUAUUAACAUAACAUAGAGUUAUUCCGAUAACUAUAGCAUAAAUAACAUUGUAAGAAGUUUACCAAAACCAUUCAUGCCACUCCAAGUAGACUACGCGCUGCUUCUUCUUCCACGUCGCUUACGUCAGACUCAUCAUUGGUUGCAGUUAAACUAGCCUAUUCCAGCCUUUCUGAAUUCCGAUAGGAUGGUUUUGGUUGUCAUGGAAGCCCACACUUUGUCGAGCCGUCCAAUGACUUCCCAGAAACUUGCAUGGCUCUCCAUCGAUCUUGCACUGCUCCCACAGCUGGGGAUGGGAACCGAUGGGUUAGGAGCUAUACCCGUCUCUUUUGGUGGUUGCAUAAUGGGUCACGGAGCCCUCACAACGACAUGUACAUAUUUCUGUCGUGCGGGCAAUGCAAAUGACGCAGAGGUUUGUCCUAGUGAGGUUGCUGUAAUCCACAGGCUUCGGGUCGAACGCCGAUCGUGUCGGAACAACUACGUAAUUAUAGAAACGCUUUUGAGCAAAGUCGCUCAAAGAAAAAAUAUGAGGAGUACUGAGUUUUCAACAAGAAUGGACAACCUUUGUGGAGAGGGAGGGUUUUGCUUUAUGUCUAUAUUCACAGAUGGGGAGUAUGCCAAAGCAUUCGUCCUCGAUGUUGCCAAUAAACAUUUUGCCAACUUCACAUAAAAACAAGAUGAUCAAACGAAUGAAAGACAUGUCUUUGUCGGCAGGAACCAUUCACAUUGCACCACCAUAAUGGCAAAUGAAAUUGAAUUACGUUCACAAUAAAAAAACAAGUCUCAACGCUUGCAUGAAGCUUAAUGUAACGGUGUAUGAAGCACCACAAGUCGCAUUUAUGGUAAGAGGUACUUUUGUCAUCAUUGGUUAGCGACAUCAUAAUGUUAUUUAAAAUAAUCUGCAGAAUAUGAUUUUCUCUUCAAUGGCAUUUUGUUCAAUUCUUCUCCGUUGUUAUAAGUUACAGCUAAUGUUGAAAUGCUGAAUUUUCUGAAGUUGUCUUGACCCAUCGAGACAGAGGGAGGACUCAAAUGCAGGACUUGGGAGACGCAGAGGUAAUUCGAGAAAAAACGUUUAUUGUUCCAAGGUCAGUGAUCAGGCAGACAGCCAGGUGCAGCAGCGGUAGUCAGGAUGUCAGGCGUAGAGAGCACCUCUGCGGGCAUGCAGGCGUCGGUACACGGGAGAUCGAUCAAAGAAGGCAGGAGUGUCAAAGGAGUCAGGCUUACGGGGUCGGUCGGAGAACAGGCGGAGGUCGGUACACACGGCUUCACGAUCAGAGAUACGGGAGUGCAGAGUGCAUGAGCCGCAACGAUCUGGCAAAGGACCAGUCGUCCCCAGGGUCCUAUAUACACCGGGGCCAAUCAGCCAGCAUGAGGCGCAGGUGUGUGCCUCCCAAUCAGCGCGACCGCGCGGGAACCCGCACAGCCAGGGCUGGACCAUACAGAAGUAGUAGGUACAGAUACACAGGCCUAGAGCGCCCUCUUACGGUUGUCAGUGUGAAAAUAACCGAUAAGCGACUCGAAAAAUGGAUGGAUGGAUGUAAUAGUGUGUUAAUAAUUUCACAUUUAAGUCGCUCUGGAGAAUAAGUCGCACGCCUGGCCAAACU